UGAAGAGUUUGAUUAUUCAUGGCUGCGUGUUGUUUUUAUGGGAGUCUCCCAGAUGUUUGACAGCUGCUGUUCGCUCAGUCGGAGUCCUGCGACAGUGAUGCCGAGCUCAUACAGUGAGCAGGAGAAGCAGUGACAUGGCUGCUGAUGAUAAGUCCUCGUCAUCGUCCUCAACAGAGUGGAACAUCGAGCCGCCCGUUAUUUCGCCCGCCAGCCCCUCCCACCUGACCCACUUCAAACCUCUGACCCCGGAGCAGGAAGAGCCUCCUCUGCGCUCUGCAUACAGCUCAUUCGUCAGCCUGUUUCGUUUCAACAACAAAGAGGAGGGCCGUCCUUCCUCCACUGCUUCAGAGAAGUCGGAUGCGCCGUCCCCUGCCCGUCAGUCGGAUAGGCGGAGCUUGUCAUCCAGUCCUUCCCACUCCAUCCAUGGCCCGAGAUCACACCGGAAGCUGCACCCCGAGCACCUCCGGCGCACCUCCACCGCCUCUGACGGCAGCAGGAAGUCGGAUACACCGCUCAGUAACCAUGACCCCCGGACCGCCGUGCAGCUUCGCACCGCUCUGAAGAGGCUGAAGGAGAUCAUGGAGGGAAGGAGCCAGGACAGCGAUCUGAAGCAGUACUGGAUGCCGGACAGCCAGUGUAAGGAGUGUUACGACUGCAACGAGAAGUUCACCACCUUCCGCCGAAGGCACCACUGCAGACUGUGUGGACAGAUCUUCUGCAGCCGCUGCUGCAACCAGGAGAUCCCCGGGAAGUUCAUGGGCUACACGGGAGAUCUGCGGGCCUGCACGUACUGCCGCAAGCUGGCGCUCAGCUACGCUCACUCCGCAGACUCGUGCUCCAUCGGCGAGGACCUGAACGCCUUGUCGGACUCUCCCGGCUCCGUGUGCGUGCUGGAACCGAGCGAGCCGCGGACCCCGGUGGGGGGGCGGAAGGCCAGCAGGAACAUCUUCCUGGAGGAAGACCUGACCUGGCAGAGAAAAUCUGUUUCCUCUCUCUCGCAUAGAAAAACUCCCAUUGGGAUGAGGAAGAACAUGAUUCACCAGGAGUCUCAGAACAGCGGCAUCGCCUCAAGACUCACAACGCUGCAGGAGGAUGUGGGAAAGUCACCGGCGAGGAAGAGAUCUGCCAGUGUGACCAACCUGUCCCUGGACCGCUCUGGAUCCUCCCUGGUCCCGUCCUACGACAGCUCGGUAAGCCCACCCACCAGCAGAGCCAUGUCCGGGACCAAGAGCGGCUCCAAGCUGGACCACAGUGAGGAGGAGAGGAAGAUCCUGCUGGACUCCUCUCAGCUGAAGGACCUCUGGAAGAAAAUCUGCCAUAACAGCACAGGGAUGGAGUUCCAGGACCACAGGUACUGGCUGAGGACCUACCCCAACUGCAUUGUGGGGAAGGAGCUCGUCAACUGGCUGCUGAGGAACGGCACCAUCUCCACCAGGGCCCAAGCGAUCGCAAUCGGCCAGGCGUUGGUGGACGGCCGCUGGCUGGACUGCGUCACCCACCACGACCAGGUGUUCAGGGACGAGUACGCCCUCUACCGCCCUCUCCAGAGUACAGAGUUCUCCGAAACGCCGUCUCCCGACAGCGAUAGCGUCAACUCCCUUGAGGGCCAUUCAGAGCCGUCCUGGUUCAAGGACAUCAAGUUUGAUGACAGCGAUACAGAGCAGCUUCCCGAUGAGGCCGAGUACACCAUGCCCAGUACGUAUGUCACAUCCAACACAAAUCUGCGUCUUCUCCUGUGGUUUGUGCGAACCGAAGUCUGUCUGAUUCCAGACUCCGCCAGCCCCAGCAAGAGGACGUCGGUCAGCAGCUUCCACUCGGCGGUGGACAGCGACUCGGCCUCCUCCAUCAACCUCAACAUGGAGCAGAACAAUGUGAACUUUCACAUCAAGAAGCAGUCCAAAUACCCUCACGUGCCACCUGCUGCAGAGCAGAAAGAAUUUCUCGUGUCUGAGGAUGGAGGGCAGAACAUUGUGAUCAGCGAUGCCUUCAUCAAAGAGUCUCUGUUCAACCGCCGCGUGGAGGAGAAGGCUAAAGAGAUGCUGUUCACGCCGCUGGGCUGGCACCACAGCUCCCUGGAUCAGCUCAGGGAGGAGAACGGGGAGAAGAAGGCCAUGGAGAGGCUGCUCUCGGCCAACCACAGCCACAUGAUGGCGCUGCUGCAGCAGCUGCUCUACAGCGAGUCCCUGUCUCUGUCCUGGAGGGACAUCAUCGUCCCCGUGGUCCGGCAGGUCGUCCAGACGGUCCGGCCCGAUGUCCGCAACUGCGACGACGACAUGGACAUCCGUCAGCUGGUCCACAUCAAAAAGAUUCCUGGAGGCAGAAAGUUCGACUCCAUGGUGGUAAACGGCUUCGUCUGCACCAAGAACAUCGCUCACAAGAAGAUGAACUCCUACAUCAAGAACCCCAAGAUUCUGCUGCUCAAGUGCUCAAUCGAGUACCUGUACAGGGAGGAGACCAAGUUCACCUGCAUCGACCCCAUCGUGCUUCAGGAGAGGGAGUUUCUGAAGAACUACGUGCAGCGCAUCGUGGACGUCCGUCCGAACCUGGUGUUGGUGGAGAAGACGGUGUCCCGCAUUGCUCAGGACAUGCUGUUGGAGCACGGCAUCACACUGGUCAUCAACGUCAAGCCGCAAGUCUUGGACAGGGUGAGUCACAUGACUCAGGGGGACCUGGUGAUUUCCAUGGACCAGCUCCUCACAAAACCCCGUCUGGGAACCUGCCACAAGUUCUUCAUGCAGCCCUUCACGCUGGCUAGCAGUGAGGCAAAGACUCUGAUGUUCUUCGAGGGUUGUCCUCCUCAUCUGGGCUGCUCCAUCAAGCUCCGCGGCGCGUCGGAGUAUGAACUGGCCAGGGUCAAAGAGAUCAUCAUGCUGAUGGUGUGCGUGGCCUACCACUCGCAGCUGGAGAUCUCCUUCCUCAUGGACGAGUUUGCCAUGCCGCCCAGCUUGCCCCAGAGCAGUUCCUUCCCGUGCCUGCUGGAGGGCACCACCGCAGACGAGGACACGGACGGAGACAGCCUGGAGAGGACGGUUGGAAACGACGACUCUACAUUAGGAGAACAGCCUGACGACAAAGCACUUCCCUCCAAUGGAGAACUGAAGCCACGAUCGCCGCCCUGCUCCGUCAGCGAGGAGGCUGUGAGCAUGGAGGUGAGGACGUCGUCUCCGUUAAGCACCCCCCCUUCACUGCCUGUGCCCGUGGCUCCUCCCUUCCUCCUGGAGGACGACCAGGAGAUGGACUCGGACACUCUCAUCGGGGCCUCUGAGGGGGAGGCGGGGGGAGAGGAAAGCUUAUCGAGGGGGGAGUCGCUCGGCCCGGACGACGGCGAGCGUUCGGAGACGCCCACCCCCAAGCUGUUCCGCGACCCCCUGCAGGACGACACGGGGAUGUUCGUGACCGAGCAGGUGUCGUCCUCCGACGACCGCCUGAAAUCCAUCUCUGCCGUGUUCAAGCAGGAGCUGAAGGACAUCAUAAUGUGCAUUUCCCCCUUCAUCACGUUCAAGGAGCCGUUCCUCCUCACGCCUGCAGGGAUGCACUGCCCCAGCAGGGAUUACUUCCCCGAACAGGUCUACUUAUCUCCUCUCCUCAACAAAGACCUGAAGGAGCUGGACGGGCGCAGAAAGCGGCAGCUGCUCAAAGACUCCGCACCCUCCUCCCUGGCCAACGGUCAGAUAAACGGUGCCGCGCAGCCAAAGCCCAUCAGCGUCCUGCCGUGUCACGGUCUCACCAGGACCCGCAUCGUGGGGCAGCUGAACAGCAGCCAGGAUCUGGCCAGGAUGCUGGCGGACUACAGAGCCAAAGGGGGCCGAAUCCGGCAGAAAGAAGUCGGCGACCCCUUCUGCUCCCCCGCUAGCAGUCAGAGCCGGGCGACCGAGACUGCGAGCAAAGCACCGGCGAAGACUGACGUUGAAGAGGACAAGAUGAACAAACAGAAUGACAUGAGCUGGACCCCGAAGCUGGACUGCCUGAACCCGGUCAACCACCAGCGGCUGUGUGUGCUGUUCAGCAGCUCCUCGGUUCAGUCCAACAACGCUCCCAACCCCUGCGUCAGCCCCUGGAUUGUCACCAUGGAGUUUUACGGCAAGAACGACCUCUCUCUGGGUGUUUUCCUGGAGCGAUACUGCUUCAGGCCGUCGUACCAGUGCCCCAGCAUGUUCUGCGAGACUCCCAUGGUGCACCACAUCCGACGCUUCGUGCACGGCAGCGGCUGCGUGCAGAUCGUGCUGAAGGAGCUGGACUCCCCCGUACCCGGUUACCAGCAUACCAUCCUCAACUACUCCUGGUGCCGCAUCUGCAAACAGGUGACUCCGGUGGUGCCGCUCUCCAACGACUCGUGGUCCAUGUCUUUUGCCAAAUACCUGGAGCUCCGUUUCUACGGCCACCAGUACACCAGACGGGCCAACGCCGAGCCCUGCGGCCACUCCAUCCACAAGGAUUACCACCAGUACUUCUCCUACAACCAGAUGGUGGCGUCCUUCAGCUAUACGACUGUGAGGCUGCUGGAGAUCUGUCUUCCACGCCCCAAGCUCUUCAUCAGGAACCUGGGGCCUUCCAAAAGCAACCUGCAGCAGGACCUGAAGGACUUCUCUCAGAAAGUGACUCAGGUGUACCUGGCCAUCGACGACCGCCUCACCUCCCUGAAGACCGAGACCUUCAGCAAAACGCGAGAGGAGAAGAUGGAGGACCUGUUCGCUCAGAAAGACAUGGAGGAGGCGGAGCUACGCAGCUGGAUCGAAAAGCUCCAGAUGCGACUGCAGGCCUGCGGUCUGGACUCUCCUCAGCAGCUGCAGGCGGUUCUGGAGUCGCUGGUGGUGAAGAAACAGAGUUUGUGUGAGAUGCUGCAGUCCUGGAACAGCAGACUCCAGGAGCUGUUCCAGCAGGAGAAAGGCAGGAAGCGUCUGUCCGUCCCUCCGAGCCCCGGCAGGCACAGACCCACCGCCACUGAAGACGGCAGCAAGAGCGCGGUGGAGUCCUCCCCUCGUAACCCGUCCCCCGUGGUGCAGAACGGAGAUAAAGAGGAUCGUCACCUCUGCCCGCUGCUCUCAACCACCUCCUCCCUGCUGCCGUCGCCGGGAGACCCCGGAGCUGAUCCGGCCACACCGGCACCCCCCUCCGCUGAGCAGGACUCUCUCAGCCUCCCAGAAGACGUGUUUGACGGACACCUGCUGGGCUCCACCGACAGCCAGGUGAAGGAGAAGUCCACCAUGAAGGCCAUCCUCGCCAACUUCCUGCCCGGCAACAGCUACAACCCCAUUGCCAUCCCGUUCGAUCCAGACAAGCAUUACCUGAUGUACGAGCACGAGCGGGUGCCCAUCGCCGUAUGUGAGAGGGAGCCGAGCUCCAUCAUCGCCUUCGCUCUCAGCUGCAAGGAGUACAAAACGGCGCUGGACGAGCUGUCCAGGGUGUCCAAUGCUGGCGUGGACGAGGCUCCGCAGGUCUCCAGCUCUGCUGAGAGUCGGGUGAAGAGCAGCCCUGCCAGGACCAGCGACUCGUCAUCGUCGCAGCAGAGCCGCAACAGUUCGGACACGGAUCCUCCCAAAGACGCCGACUCGGCCGACAAACAGAAGAAGCAGACGCUAAAUCCGCACAUCGAGCUGCAGUUCUCCGACACCAGCGCCAAAUUCUACUGUCGGAUCUACUACGCCGAGGAGUUCCACAAGAUGCGCGAGGAGAUCAUGGAGAGCAGCGAGGAGGAUUUCGUCCGCUCGCUGUCGCACUGCGUCAACUGGCAGGCUCGAGGAGGGAAGUCCGGCGCCGUUUUCUACGCCACUGAAGACGACCGGUUCAUCCUGAAGCAGAUGCCCCGACUGGAGGUCCAGUCCUUCCUGGACUUCGCGCCGCACUACUUCACCUACAUCACCGGAGGCGUGCAGCAGAAGCGGCCGACUGCUCUGGCGAAGAUCCUGGGAGUUUACAGGAUCGGAUACAAGAAUUCCCAGAACAACACGGAGAAGAAGCUGGACCUGCUCGUCAUGGAAAACCUCUUCUACGGACGCAAGAUGGCCCAGGUGUUCGACCUGAAAGGCUCGCUCAGGAACCGUAACGUGAAGACGGACUCGGGGAAGGAGAGCUGCGAGGUGGUUCUCCUGGACGAGAACCUGCUGAAGCUCAUCCACGACAACCCUCUGUACAUCCGCUCGCACUGCAAGGCCAUCCUGCGCGCCGCCAUUCACAGCGACGCCUACUUCCUGUCCAGCCACCUCAUCAUCGACUACUCCCUGCUGGUUGGACGGGACGACGCCACCGACCAGCUGGUGGUCGGGAUCAUAGAUUAUAUCAGGACGUUCACUUGGGACAAGAAACUGGAGAUGGUCGUCAAAUCCACUGGAAUCCUGGGAGGUCAAGGGAAGAUGCCGACGGUGGUUUCCCCGGAGCUGUACAGAGCUCGUUUCUGUGAAGCCAUGGACAAAUACUUCCUGAUGGUCCCGGACCACUGGACCGGCCUGGGAACCAACUGCUGAGAACAGCACGGCAUCAUUCCACAUCUGCAGAGCCGCUCUGCCUCAUUUUUAUUCCAGAAGAUGUGUUUGAUUUUCAGGUUCACGUAAGACCCUUCUGAGUUCCUGACUUUUAUAUUCGGUGCCAUUCGAGUGAAGCCUCUGAAACGUUCAGUCGGGUGGUUUUAGUUUGGUGAACAAGCUGCUUCAUGUAACUUAUAGUUUGUAAAUGUACAGAGAUUAUGUAACUAUUAAAUGAUUAACAUUAUCAGCUGUUUGAGAUU